AUGGUCACGACGCGGCCCUUCCUUCCUGCAGCUAUCAUGUCCCCGUUCAGGUGCUGGUGCAGAGCCUCGCGCCUAGCUCUGCUGCCCCUCGCAGUCUCGGCGCUGGCGGAAGUCGCUGUCGCACAGACUUCGACGGCGCCCGACUCCUCGUCUUCGUCUGCCUCCACUGCAUCUUCCACAUCGUCAGCUCCCUCGUCCAGCUCAUCGAGUGGCGGAGGCGGAGGCGGCAACUUCACCGCCAGCAGCGCGAGCUACUUCUUCGGGUUCAUCAUCACCUUUGUCGUCCUUCUUGUCGUCUUCGUCGGCUGCGGCUUCGGUGCGCGGCGGCGUGGUGCGCUCUUCUGGGAUCCACGGAGAGGUCUUGUCUGGGGCUCGGAUGCAGACAGGGACGAGCGGAAGAACAUGGAGCGGCCCGUGUUCUGGGAGGUGUGGGGGCGGCGCUCGAUGGCAGCGCCUGAGGGUAGAGCGUCUCAGGGACAGGAAGGUGGAGAGAGGGCGAGUGAGGGUGGGGAGGCAAUAACUUAUCAAAAUAAGGAUAAGGAAGAGAGCAAGUGGAUGUGGGAAGACUUGCAGCCACUUUCCGCCACGCUCGUUAGGCCUCCGCCGCCCCCACCGCCCCCACCGCCCCCACCGCCGCCGCCCUCAGAAGACUCGACAGUCCCUGGCGAAGGCCGCCCAUCUAGUAUUGCGGACCGCAUAUCUGUUGCAGGCCGAUCUGUCAUAGGCCGACCAUCCAUUGGUGGCCGCCGCCCUUCUAUUAGUGGUCGCCCUUCUAUCGGAGGUCGCCCAUCUCUUGGAGGCCGUCCAUCCAUCGGAGGCCGCCCGUCAAUUGGCGGUCGCCCAUCCACUGCAGGCCGUCCAUCCACUGCACGUCAACCAUCUAUUUCAGAGACCCUGCGCAGUGCGAUCUUCGACCGCACGUCCGACGCGGAGCCGCCCGAGCCUGAACCCGAGCCGCCCGAGGCCGUACGUGUCGCGGUCCUGAUCGCGAUGCCUCAGCCUCCUAAGCCGCACGCGGAAUUGCCUUCUCGAGGUGACGGCGCCAGCCCGAGCUCCUCGCCAGACGGCGAGGAAGACGAGCUAGGCGUGUUCCAGCUCGGUACGGCUGAGCUGCCGUGGUCAUACGGCGAGGUCGAGACUUCUGAAUCGUAACCCAGGUUUGUAUUCGGAUGGCUUUAAUUUGUUUUCAUAAGGACGAUCCACACUGCAUCUUCGCGCACUGUACAAUGGUGUUUAUACUUCCAGCUUGCACUGUAUACUUGCGUCGCACGUCUACUAUUUACCCAUCCCUCCUCUCAGCGUUACCAAUUCUCACUUCACUCGGGCAUGUUUCUCUUCUUUUACACCAUGCACACGUACAUAUGUAGGCAUCUCGCUUGUUUUACCUCAUCC